AUGGAUCCAAGGCUCUACAAGUCUGCAAAAUCAGGGGAUGUUUGCUUCCUUAAACAACUUCUUAACGAUGAUCCCAUGCUACUAUAUCAACAUACGCCCCGAGAAAACACCGCCCUCCAUAUCGCCGUGCAAUUUGGACACAAAAAUGUUACAGCUGAGAUUUAUAGCAGGUGCAGGUCACUUCUCACACAGCCAAAUUUAGAUGGAGAUACCCCUUUACAUGUGGCUGCAAGGGUUGGCCACUUCUCGAUUGUCAAUUAUCUGGUCAGAGAAACCUUGUCCAUGUCACAAGUAGAGUUUGGGAACGUGAGCAGCAAGAUGCUUGAGACUUUGAGAGACAGAAAUAGGGGGAACAACACGGUUUUACAUGAAGCUGUGAGGAAUGGUCACAACAAAGUGGCUGAGUUUUUACUUAAGAUUGACCCCAAAUUGGCUUGUUUUGAAAAUGAGGCAGGUGAAUCUCCAUUGUACCUGGCUGCAAGAGAGGGAUUGUUGGAUAUUCUGAAUCAAAUUUUACAAUCAAGUCCUUCAUCAGCUCAUGGUGGUUCAGAUGGCCAAACAGCUCUGCAUGCUGCUGUGGUUGAGAAGCAUUUUGAUAUCAUGGAAGCCCUCCUAAGAUUCAAACCGCAGCUGAUCAAAGAAGCUGACCACCAAGGCAAGACUCCUCUUUACUGUGCAGCAUCCCUUGGAGACCAUAGAACAGUUCAACGAUUACUAGAACUCGACAUUUCAAUAGCAUAUGUUUUGGAUAAACAGGGUUGCUCACCAAUUUAUGUUGCAGCCAGCAAAGGUCAUACCAGUGUGAUUAGAGAGAUUGUUCGGCAUUGCCCAGAUUCGGGAGAACUUGUUGACCCUUAUGGACGAAAUGCUCUUCAUAUGGCCAUUGUUGGUGGCCACGGAAAUGUGGUCAGGUAUAUACUAGAAACAGAAGAGCUGGAGGAGCUCAUAAACCAGCCUGAUUUUGAUGGAAAUACGCCUUUGCAUCUAGCCACCAUUGAAAGAAAAACCUGGAUUCUGAGUUACUUGAAGUGGGACGGAAGAGUGAAUCCAAGAUCCAAGAACAAAUAUGGCCAAACAGCAUUUGACAUUGAUAGGUCAAUCAAAGAAAUUACAUCUCCCAGAAAUAUAGUCCCAAGCAUUUGGGGACAUCUCCGGACACCGCCUUCUUGGUUGGACAGCAUCAAGAUUCUCUCAAGAGCAGACCAAGAUGAAGCCAAUGCAGUGCAAACUAACAAACAAAUGGGGCAGACCCUUUUGAUGGUUGCAACACUUAUCACAACUGUGACAUUUACAGCGGCCUUCACAAUGCCCGGAGGCUACAACAACAAUAUUGGUCCAGACGAAGGGGUGUCUCUUCUGGAAUCAAGCAAGUAUCUCAAACUGUUCAUCAUCGCAGACACCAUUGCCAUGACUUCCUCAAUAAUUGCAGCUUGCCUUCUGUUCUGGGGAGCUGUUAACAGCAACAAGUCCUCCUAUGUUUACUAUUUCACAAGUGCUGCUGCUCUUACAUAUUUCUCUCUGCAAUUCACUGCAGUAGCCUUCACAACAGGGAUUUUGGCUGUCAUGCCCCAUCAGCACUUCGUCAGAAUCAUGGGGCAUGCAAUUGGGGUUGCUUUUCAUAUGGCUCGAGUGAAUUGA